CGAGUCCUUCCGGGGACGCGUGCGGUCCUCGCAGCCGGGUGCUACCUGUGUUCGCGUGGAGGCGGCCUCCCUGUAACCAUGGCAGCGGGCACCCGGGAGAGCCCUCGUCUGACCUCUGCAGCUGGAGCUUCGGGCGACGAAGGUGAAUAUGUCAAGCCCUUUACACCAGAGAAAGCGAAAGACAUCAUAAUGUCUUUACAGCAGCCUGCAGUCUUCUGCAACAUGGUUUCUGACUGGCCAGCACGACACUGGACUGCCGAGCACCUCUCUGAGGUCCUUUCGGGCAAGCGGAUCCGAUUCAGAAUGGGCAUGAAGAGCACAGACACAGUUCCUCAGUUUGAAACCACAUGUAGUUACGUGGAAGCUACCCUUGAAGAAUUUCUGACCUGGAACUGUGAUCAGCCUAAUAAUUUUGGACCAUUUAGAGAUUAUGAUCAUUCCAAAUUCUGGGCUUAUGCUGAUUAUAAAUAUUUUGUCAACCUAUUUGAAGACAAUUCAGAUAUUUUCCAGGACGUGCUGUGGUCUGACUUCGGGUUUCCUGGGAGAAAUGGCCAGGAAAGUACAUUGUGGAUCGGCUCCCUGGGCGCACAUACCCCCUGUCAUCUGGACACCUAUGGUUGUAACUUAGUCUUCCAGGUGCAAGGAAGGAAAAGAUGGCAUCUCUUUCCUCCUGAAGAUACACCUUUCCUGUAUCCAACUAGAAUCCCUUAUGAAGAAUCCAGUGUAUUCAGUAAAGUCAAUGUUGUCAGUCCUGAUUUAAAGCAUUUUCCUCAGUUUCGGAAAGCUCGAAGGCAUACGGUCACACUGAGCCCAAGACAGGUCCUGUUUGUUCCUAGACAUUGGUGGCAUUAUGUGGAAUCGAUUGACCCUGUCACCGUCAGUAUAAACUCAUGGAUUGAGCUGGAAGAGGACCACCUAGCCCGAGUAGAAGAGGGAAUCACUCGUAUGGUCGUGUGUGCCCUGAAAAUGUCUGAGGAUCCACACAAUACCCGAGCUUGGUUAAACCCCACCGAGGUUGAGGCAACAUCCCAUGAAGUCAACUGUCACUACUUAAAUGGAGCUCUUUCUGCCUUUUUCAAUCAUGACAGAACCCCCAAGGCAGCAGAAAUUCAAGCCCUGAAAAUAAAUGGGGAGAACGUGGAGACGAAAGGAUUACACAUGUUCAGCCACAUGGAAGUGGGCCAGACACACAGCCAGGAUGGAAGUCUGGGAGCUGGAAGGCAGGAUGCAGAGAGGCUCUUUGGCCCUGAUCUGUUCCCUGUACCACCAAGUCCUGAAAAUCCCCCUUCAGAAAGAGGUGUCAUAUUUGAAAAUGAUGGUGAAGAGUUGGUUGACAAAGAUGGAAGACACUUCGCAGAAUCCUGCUGCUCCCAGAGGCCACGCGUGUUGAGUACAAGUGGAAAUGUGGCCGAGGGACAGACUACUUUAAGUAGUGCUCCAGGCCUAUCUCAGGCGCUCAUCUCUACAGAUGAUUUGCUGGAUUGUUUGGUGAAUCCACUAGUAACCAGGAUGGUGGCACAACUUUUGAUACAAAUGAAAAGCUUGUGAUUCUCCUAGACGAUGAC